ACGCAGACCGGUGAACCCCGAAGCUUAUCACCUCUUGUUCUUCCUUGCGGCGGCCGAGUGUAGGCGGAGAACGUCAACUCCAUGACCAUGGCGGCUCACAUCAUGCCAUGAAAUCCCUUUCCUUCCCCUCCGCUCCUGCCGCCCUCUCUCACCCUCCUCUGGUCUCGGUUCGUCUUCCGCUCCCGAGGAGACUCGUCAAAGCCUCCUCUCUCCCGUCUCCCAGACCCCGUACCAAACGCCCCAACCGCCUCCGCCGCGAAACCCUAAUACCCAAACCCCGCAUUCCUCCACCUCCCGCUCCCCUGCCGCCACCGCCGGAUGAGCCCCGCAUCGUCGUUUACGAGGAGGAUGUCGCUGUCGUCGAACGAGUGGUCGAGGAGGUGGACGUCGAAGAAGUGGUCGAGGGCGAGGCGGCGGUGGGGGUCGACCCGUUCGCCCCUGCCGCCGCAGCCGCAGAAUUCCGGUUUCUCCCCGGCGAGGUGCAACGCCUCGCGCUGCGAUUCGCUGUGCUUCUCGCGGUGCAGACUGUUGUUGCGGUCUGGUUUCUUGGCGGCGAGCGGAACGAGCCUAGCGAGCAGGGAAUGACGGAGGGGAAGGCUGGAAUUGAGGUGCGGGAGGCGAUGGAGCUUGAUAAGAAGGUCUUGGAGAUCAGGGCGAUGGCUAAGAAGGCGAGGGAGAUCGAAAGGAGGGAACUUGCUGAAGAUAGUGGCAUAAAGGGGGAGGUGGGCAAGAAGCUUGGUAGGUUGAAGAAGAGUGCUGCUACGAAGGUUAUCUUGGAUGAGAAUACUUUUUCUGUGUCUUUGCCGGUGUCCUCCAAGAAUAUGAAUGAAGAGAUGAAUGGAGAGAAGCUGAAUUUGAAGCAAAAGAUGGGUAGAGAAAAGCUGAAUUUGAAGAGAAAGAUCGGACUCUCGAAAUCCACCAACAAGGCUGGAAACAUUCCAAAGGGAUUUAAUGGCUCAAGGAGCAAUGACGAGCGCGGCAGAGGUGUUAGUGGUGGUAUUGAGCAGAUUGCUGAAGAAGCUGCACAUCGUCCUGAUCCUGAAGAUUUAAGAGCUCAUGCUUCUGAGCUGACCCAAAGAUCACCUGAUAUCGAGAAUUAUGCAACUUCGUCAAGUCGAGGGACAGUUAGAAGAGUAAGUAGUGGUGAUCAUUUGCGUGUAAGUAAGUUUCAGAAGAGUAAGAACUAUGUGGAGGACACUGAAGAUAUAUCAUUCUCUGGAGGAACCAAUUCCAGCUCUGACAUUGAUGAAGUCUUCCCAAAGACUCAGAUUUGGGAAAGUUCUACAGAAGUUACUAGGAGAUUCUCCUCAGAAACUGGGAAAGUUAAUGAUGAUUCAAGAUAUAAUUUUCCCAUUGAAAGCGUAGAGAGCAAGUCAUUUGUCAACAACGUAAAAAACAGUCACUUGGAUGUUAUGAAUGAACCAUGGUGGCUGAAACUUCCAUAUGUUUUUGCUAUUUUUUUACGUAGAGGCUCUGAUGGUAAUGGUCCUAAAGGACUUUAUUCCUUGGACAUAAGCUCCUCGUCAGUCGAAGAGAAAGCUCCUUCCUAUACUAUUGCUUUCCAAGAUCGUGGGGAUGCAACAAAUUUUUGCUACAUAGUGAAGACCUUUUUUGAAGAUUUGGGUGAUGUUAGUGCUGACAUCGUUCCUCUCACAAUUAAAGAACUUGAUCAGGUCGUGAAGUCAUUUGAUCUAAAGGUUAUUGUCGUGAGAAAGGGACAAAUUCAUCUAUAUGCGGGACAGCCUCUUGUUGAAGUUGAGGCUGUGAUACGUUCUUUCUUAGACUAGAACAUAUAUUUAUGACCAUUGACACUCAGAAACUAGGUUCUCGCCCCUAUUUGGUGCAGUGGAGAUCAUGUCAAGUUGCUUAUGUUUACACUUCACAUCAAAUUCUUUGGUCUCAAAGAACAAAUUCAUCAGUUUCUGGUUUCCAGAAAAAAAUCCCUCCUCAGCGAAAUUUGAUUAAUUACCGACUGAUUAUGCCCCCAGAACAGAGAUCGGAGGCCAUUGCAUGAACUGUUAUGAUAUCUAGUUCCGAUGCAGCAGCAGUCUCCUCCUGUCUCAAACUGCUGUUUUUCCUUUCAGAGGUGCUGCUUUUUAUCUGCCUCUUACUUUUUAAGGAUUUACUAUGAAUCAAGCAAGUCGCAGGUGAUCGUUAUAGUUAUGUUGGAGCAUUAGCGAUCAAAUUGUAUUCGAAUUAAGGUUUUCGGAAUUUUGCAGGUAAAAAUUAGACAGAAUCUCGAGGCACAUAUUGCUGUUUUGAGGUAUCUUCUUUAAUUUUCGUGCAUGUAUCGAUCGAAUAUAUCUUCUUCUUUGUCUACAUGCAUGAUGAUCGUGGAUAUUUCUUGAA